CUUCUUGUAUCUGUAGUCACUGGUGAACGUUUUAAUCAGUGCGUGGUGUAUGUAGAUAUUAAUGCAAAUGGAAAUUAAAAUUCUUUUCUAAUAAUAUAUUUGUUUAAAUUGCAGUAAGAUUAGAAUUAAGAUAUAGUAAAUGUUCUGAUAUAUGAACAAACAUAGACAUGGAAAAUAUACCAGGAAGUGAGAAUCAACAAAUGGCUCAUCAGAUGUCAUCUCUGAUGAAUAUGCCUGCGAAUAGUAAUCAUGGAGUGCCAGGAAUAGAUCCCCCUAAAUCAUUACCCAGUUUACUAAGCUUAAAAGUAAGCCCUCCAAGUGAAUUACAAAGUCAAACAUCAUCGGAUGAUAUAGGAAGAGAUGGAGACAGUGAUUCAAUGAAAUUACCAGCAGCUUUGGAACAAGCUCUUGCUUUUAAAACAGAAAGAGCUAAAGAAGUAGGAGCAGAUCCUAAUGACAUAGUUUCAUUAGGAAAGUCACCCAAUCAUGAAAAUCUAGGGGAAGAUGUUUCUCAGUUAGAUGAUGUUAUACUUGAGCCUGAAACAACAGAGAAAACAGAUGGUAAAAUGAGUAAAACUAAAAAGAAAAAGAAGAAAAAGAGGAAGAAGCACACUACAGGAAAAGAUGCAGAAAAUAAAAAAGAUAACAUAGAAAAUGCAAAACCAAAAGAAGACUUACCUGAAAUUGAAUAUAUUCAAGAAAUUCCAAGUGUUAAUGAUUUAGAGCCAAUGUAUCGUCAAUUCGCUCGAAUUUUCGAAGCAUUUAAAUUAACUGAACCUGAACCUAAACCUGCUGAAGCUGAUAAAGGUGAACCGAUAGGUCAAUAUCCACCUAUAACUAGUUUACAAACAACUGGAACAGUGCCUAGCAAAGUUCCACCGUUAGAUGAUUUUGAUGAUGAUGCAAAUCAGCAACAGCAACAACAGGGAACUGGAGAAAAUGGUGCUCCUCGUCUUUCCAAAAGAAAACUGAAAAGGUUAACGCGUUUGAGCGUUGCCGAAUUAAAACAGCUUGUAGGACGUCCUGAUGUUGUGGAAAUGCAUGAUGUUACUGCUAGAGAUCCAAAACUCCUCGUACAAUUAAAAGCCCACCGAAAUACAGUACCUGUACCAAGGCAUUGGUGUUUUAAAAGGAAGUAUCUACAAGGUAAACGUGGUAUAGAAAAACCGCCUUUUGACUUGCCAGAUUUUAUAAAACGUACAGGCAUCACAGAAAUGAGAGCAAGUCUUCAGGAACGAGAUGACACGCGUACAUUGAAAGCUAAAAUGCGGGAAAGGGCAAGGCCGAAACUCGGUAAAAUAGAUAUAGAUUAUCAGAAACUACACGACGCGUUUUUCAAAUGGCAAACUAAACCUCGUAUGACUAUUCACGGUGAUUUAUACUACGAAGGUAAAGAAUUUGAAACGCGAUUAAAGGAAAAGAAACCUGGAGAAUUAUCUGACGAGUUACGCACCGCUCUUGGCAUGCCUGUAGGUCCAAAUUGCCAUAAAGUACCGCCACCAUGGUUAAUUGCUAUGCAACGAUAUGGACCACCACCAAGUUAUCCCAAUUUGAAAAUACCUGGUUUGAAUGCCCCAAUUCCAGAGGGAUGUGCGUUUGGUUAUCAUGCUGGUGGUUGGGGAAAACCUCCUGUGGAUGAAACAGGAAGACCUUUAUAUGGAGAUGUAUUUGGUAUUUCACGUACUCCAGGUGGGGAUAAUAUGGACGAAGAAAUUGAUAGAGGGAUGUGGGGUGAACCUGAAUCAGAAUCUUCUGGAGAUGAAGAUGAAGAUGAGGAUGCGGAAGAAGGUGGAGAAGGUGAAGGAGAAGGAAAGGAUGGAGAUGGAGAUGCAAGUGGUCUGGUUACACCUGGUGCUGAAGGUCUGAUAACACCAAGUGGAAUUACAUCGAUUCCUGCUGGGCUGGAAACUCCAGAAACAAUAGAAUUGAGAAAGAAGAAAAUUGAAAGUGAAAUGGAAGGAGGAGACACACCUGCUUUGUACACAGUUUUACAAGAAAGAAGAACAGAAGGUCUUGGGGCAAGCAUGAUGGGUAGCACUCAUGUAUACGAUAUGACAGGUGCAGCAGGAGGUCAAGCACCGCCGUCUGUAAUCGCCGCUCGUCGUGGAGUAAGUGGAACAGCAUCUGAUGGAAGAACAGAAAAAGAUGGAGCUGUUGAGUUAGCAUUAGAUCCAAGCGAAUUAGACUUAGAUUCCGAAGCAAUGGCAUCGCGAUACGAAGAAACCAUGAGGUCGCGGCAAGCACAUUUGAGAAGGGAAGAUUUGUCGGAUAUGCUUCAGGAUCAUGUACAACGACAAAAAAGUAAACGCAAGCGUCAACAGAGUCAAGAUUCGAAAGCAUCUAAAAAAUAUAAGGAAUUCAAAUUUUAAAUUUAAUAAGUUGACACAGCGUAAGAACGAUAUUUUUAUUUUGAAAUUGUAGAAAUACUAAUGAAUUAAUACUAUAGAUCUAAGAAUUAGUGGAUAGCAAAUCAUUAAUGUUCAGCUAUCACAUUAUGACACAAUUUUACAUUUUGUUCCAUACCCUGAUAUACGAAGAUUUAAAAUCCAAACCUACUGUAAGCAUAUUAAUUUUUGAUAAUAACAAAUGUAUAUAAACUUUACCAUAUCAAGAAAAAUGA